AUGUCCGUAGCGGGGUUCAAGAAGCAAUUCCACAAAGCCACUCAGAAAGUGAGUGAGAAAGUGGGUGGUGCUGAAGGAACAAAGCUCGAUGAUGACUUCACCGAAAUGGAAAAGAGAGUGGACAUUACGGCGAGAGCAGUGCUGGACAUCAUGACCAAGACUACAGAGUAUCUGCAGCCUAAUCCAGGAACAGCUCCUCCCUCAGCCAGUGCCCAGCCACCAGCCCUCAUGAUCGCGGAUGAGGAAGGGGGAUAA